UAUAGGGCUAUUGAUUCGAGACUCACCGACACAAAAGCUAAGAGAACAUAAUUGCUUAUCCUCUCUUUUGUCAACCGGUUUACAUAUACCGACGGGAUAGAAUAGUACGUUUCAUAUUUCAGCACAUUCCUUUUACUGCAAUACAGCGACCUCGUCUAAAUAUAUAAAUAUGGGUGAUGGGAAUUUGAGGGUCAGGUGCAAGUAGAAUGGGAGUGGAGUUCCCUUUAGUUAUUCAAAUGAGCACCGAACUACAGUGUAUUGACUAACUAUCGAGUCUGCGCAUUGAAAACUGUUCCUCCAUUACUAGGGUGUGUUCAUUUACCUGAGUUGACGCCUGGCGCGGUGUGUGGGGACUAGAUAUAUGAAAACGGAUUAAUAAUUUAUGAGAUUCCAGACUCAGUCGCCUUCAGGGACAAGAGUGAAAUAUUCUUCAGAUGCUGUGCUAGCCAUUUAGGCAUGAGAUUCGAAGUUUUGACUCAACACCCUAUUCCAUGGUGAAAACAAUCAAGUAAGUUAUCGAGUCGGUGCGCGGGAGCCAUUUUGUCUCAUAGGACUUGUUGAUAGCAUACGAACAAAGAAGAUAUAAAGUACGUUUUUAACGUCAGUGGCGGCUGCAAGCCCGUGAAAAUGGUGAUCGGGCCGAAAGUUGAACAUAAACCCCUGGCUCGGUGUCGGGUGUUGUACCUUGGCAGUGCAGUGCCCAUUGAAACAGCACGUGGAUUAGAUGCCAUACAGAAACCACUUCAGGAAAGGUACCCGGUGGAUGUUAACUCGCCUGUGCAGGGAAUCGAUGCCUGGGUGACAGUAUUAAGUACCGGGGUCCACCUCCAGUAUGUCGGGGACCCCAGUAACGUCUUCUGGUUUCCUGUGCAGAAUCUGUAUGUGUGUGCCGCGGUGAAGUGUGUGAUGGUGACCAACACAGCAACAGGCGAGACGGUUCCGAAAUUCGUGUCCUUAGAUACUCCGGCAGCCAGCACCAGCAAUGGUCACCCGCCGUUGUUCUCUUUUGUUAUGCGUCGAUCUACGGGUGUGAAAGUACUGGAAUGCCACGGAUUUAUCUGCAAGGGCACCCAAGCCGCAUUGGCCUUGGUAAAAUCGUGCACGUACGCCUACGAGCAUAAAGAAGGGUGGUCUAACACCGAACCUCCUGCCUCUGUCCUGGGAGAGGAGAUUCGUAAUGGGAGCUUACGUGGAAUUCCAGGAGACAGCCCAGAGCAAAGAAAUGGCCAUGCUCCUCAAAAUGGCCCCAAUCCGUACGCCAUGGGCGCAGCGCACGUCCGAGGCUUCCAUAUAAGUGAGCCAGGCGGCAGACCGAUGAUGAGACCCCCUAUGCGGCCUCCAAUGUACCGGGUCCCCUACCCACCCCCACCUGGUCAUCCCAUGAUGCGACCCCCACCCCCAAUGAUGCGACCUUUUAUGGGCCCUCCCCGGAUGCGCAUGCCCCCUCCACCCCCAGGGGCCCACUUGAUUCCCGUAUAUGCUAUGCCCCCCAGAUUACCUCUGAGACCUAUCCCUGGCCCGGGUGGGGCGUACGCGGCAAGCGAUAUUCACGAACUAUACUCCAGACGCAUUCCCAGUCGCUCCUCCUCGCAACGCCGCCGCAAAUCGGGAUCUUCAUCUUCUGGUUCCAGAGAGAGGCGGGCGAAAUCCCACUCCCCACGUCGCCGACCUCACAGUGAUGGUGAGGCACAUCGACACCAAUCCCCCGAGCGUCGGCAACGGUCAUCAUCCAGCAGCCGAGGUGGUAGUCCCAGACGUUCACAUCACCGUCGUCACCAUCGCCACUCGUCACGCUCUCCGUCUCCCCACAGGCGCAGUCACACUCCUCCAGCUGACUAUGACUAUGUGCAAUUUAGGACCCCCAAGAGAAUGAGCCGAAAAGACAAGCAUGAUCGCCAUGGCCACGAUGGUCCCAUCUAUAUCAUUUAUCCAGACCGUGACGGACGGCUCCCAAGCCCCCCUCGUGAACGCCGAUAUAUAAAGCAGUUAGAGCGAGGCGGGUUGUACAGAUCGUCAAUACCCCCAAAUCAGAGAUCGCGCUCACUCCCCCCACCCAUGCACCGGAGCGAAUCGCAGACUAGAUACAAAAAGAAAGGUAAAAGCAGAAAAGGCAAACGCAGCAAGUCGAAACAGAGCCGUAGCAAGCACCGCGCAAGUUCUUCCAGCGACCAGGACCCCCUAAGUAACGGGGUGCAUUCCGAAAUGUUCAUGAGGGAACCUGAGGAGUUGCGAUCCUUCCCCCGGGACUGGAGGAAGCCAGAGAGACAGUUUCAGAACGAGCGUGCCUUUGGUGGGUCUAUCAGCAAAAUGGCGCUUGGGGAACUCGGCCGCGACCAUCCCUCGGCGUACCAAAUGAAUCAGGGAUUCGAGAACCGCAAUGAGUUAGAUCACCACCCCGGGGAAAUAACGACCAACCCCCUGUAUGGGGAAGCAGGCCCGGACUUUAGUGCAGGGUAUGGUUCUGACGGUGAAAACAGACCCCCAUUCGACGAUUUUGAACGGACUCUGGGAUAUUUCCCAUGAAAAUACUGCUGAUAACUAUAAGGAAGUUCUGAUCAGUGCUGGUAACUAUAUCUCUGUUGCAUAUUGUUGUAAAUACAGUAUAAACUAAAUCGCUAUAUGAACACUAACGGAAAUUUAUAAAAAACCGUGACAAUUUUACUGAAAUAAGCAUUAGAACAUGAAUGUUACAAAGCUCAGCAGACAUGCAUAAUUGGAAACUUAUAAUUCACAUUGUAAAGGUAAUAUUUUUUAAUUUAAAGGGCCUUGGUUGUGCAGAUAUAUAUUAUAAAUCUAAUCUGAGCAUGUACAUAUAUUCGCUUAUUUGCCUCUCAUUUUCUUUUAUUGAAAUUGGCACAAAUUUUUGUUUGUGUACCAAGUGACAUGCACUCUUUACUAAAAGAGUACAUAUAUUUAAUUAACGCAAUAAGAUUUUACAGUAUUGGAGCAUGUGAAGAAUCGAUAAGAGGCCUUUCAUAUGGGUAAAAGAUCGUUGGGUAAUUGAUCUUAUAUGUACAAAGUCCGAUCUUCUUCUCUUGUAAAAUAUUUUGCACUAGCAUACAUUUAAGUAUUGUAUAAUUUUAAACGCCUCACUAAAAACAAUAACCGAAUUCCAAACCUCAGACAACUUAUCAUUAGUCAUUUAGAUGUGACACGCCUUGCAUUGAGAUAUUCUCCGAUUUCAUAUCAUCAAAAGACCGCAGUGUUCGUCAUCAGGUAUUGUUUACAGUGCAAAGAGGAGGGGUAUUCUUAACAUUGAAACUGUACAGUAUCACUUGAGUUAAUCCUUAUUUCAGUUAGUUUGGUGACUGGUGGUUUUUUAUAUAACUCACAAAAUAUUAUAGGCGGUAACCCUUCGUGUUCUGUAAGUAUUUACGAAAGAGGAGAAAGUAAAAAUGCUAUGAAUCAUAUUGUAUAGACCGUGUUUGGAAGAACCUACUCCGCCCUUAGUGAAGGUUUGCCCUGUUAAGCGCACCGGCAACCACAUCCUUUGUUCAAUCGCUGAGAUAACCCCUCUCUUGACCCCGCCUUAGUUCUGUUACAUGUGCGAUAUAGAUCAGCAAAUAUUAUUAUUAUCAAACUCAAUUUUUUUCAUAUAUUUGACUAAAUAUUCUGUCUAGCAAAACACGGUUGAGAAAUUUGCUGUUGUUUUUAAAAUCGGGUCAAUAUCCUUUUUGUUGUAAAUCGCUUACAGAUCACGAUUUAUAUUGAAUGUUACAUCUAGUGCCUGGUCGGUUAAUUAGCAUCGGAGAAAGAAUCCGAUACUUGAGGAAUGCGAGUCGACAGAUUAUUGCCUUACCUAAGCUGUAUAGCUAUGGUAACCAGUCUCACGUUAGACCGAAAUUAUGUAAUGUUAAGAGUGAGUGCAACAGGCAUAAAUGAUAGAUUUCCUGAUGGGAAGAGCGACUGACAUAUGACUCUGACCCUUAUUGCCAAUAUGAAUAUCAGCUAGCCAUAUGUAAGAUUAUAUCAGUGAUUUUAUUUAUAUUGGUUAGGGUAUUGUAUUGUUAUACUUGAGUAUUUGCCAAACUUGGGGUGAAGUACUUUUUUUCCAUAUUUUUCUAUAUUUCUGUUAUAUUGUUACUUUUAGCAGAAACAGCAAAUGUGUUUAGUCGAAGGGGAUAAACUCGAUAUUAAAAGCUCCACAUAUGCUGUUCGUAUUUUUCAUGCUUAAGUUUACAUCUUGAUGAAUUAUGGGCGUCUCCCCCGAAUACAAUGUCGUGGGUUAAUUACAAUUAAAGUGUUGGCUUUCCUAAAACUCUAUGGGCAGUGAGACACUAAAAAGAUAACGUCACAAAAGUAGGUGUUUCUCAACUUGGUGACCAUUAGUCACAAGCGUCUUAUUCAUAUACAAAGGAGUUUCUGGCUUACUAAUUUCGCAGUACUUUGAGGGGCGUUACUUGGUGAUUUUUUUUUUUUUUGGUCAUAUUUAUAAUUCAUUAAAUGCUCUUAGAAUAUCCAUUAUAUUAAUCUUAUGAACAUCGUAAUGUAUUAUUUUAUUUUUAAGGGAAGCGUAUCAGUGAGAGAAUAUAUUUAUGUUAGCCUUAAGACCAUGGUGUAUGGUCUGCCAUACCAUAGGUUUAUUUGUCCGUUAUCAUUUCUAUUACAAUGCCGCCACUUUGUCUAUACUGAAUAUGUCACGUCGAGGAAACAUUGUAUCCUAAUAUAUUAAACAAAGACGUAUGUUUUCCCCUUUCAUGAUGAUAUUACAACGUUUUUUAUACGUACAUUGUAAAACGAAAGAUAUACUCUUUUUCUUUGUCAUUUGACAGUCUGUUUGUGCCUUUGUCACCAUCAUGACACCGCUAGUUCUAUUCAAAGUUUCUUAAGGCAAAAAUGAAUCAAGUCAAGGUAGCCUGUGGUACGUGAGCUGAAUACGACAGGUAUGGAGAUAUAAAGGAAGGCUAUGUAUACUGUCGCACCUGCAGACUAUAAACACCUUGUGUCACAAAAGCCGGCAUCCGUGUCCAACUCACUUGUAAGGUUAGGCAGAUACCCUUAGAACAUUUGUCAUGUCGUAAGGGGUUUAUUUUAAGACUCAGUGGUAACUAACAAAUGCUGUUGCUACACAUAACAUGCUAUUUUUUUUACUUUUAAACUACCAUUGCAAUUUGUUAACUUGAUAACUAGCAGUUGACGUGUUUUAUAAACAUGCUGAAACAUAAUCAUUACUUUUAUUCUUUUUAAAAGAUUAUCAAUAACAUCAACGGUUACUAUAACAACAAGGGGGAAUACAGUUUUGUUAAUCGGUGUUAAGUUUGUUGAAAGAGUUUGACAUAAUGGCUAUUAAUAAUGAUAUUUAAUAAAUGAUAUUUAACAUCCCA